UGAGAGAAGAGUGGAGAUAUAGUGAUAUUUUUAGUGUGGGAUGUGUUUGUGCAUGCUCAGUACAUAUUUAAUCUCGUCUGCCUAAAAAAAUUAGUUUCCUUUUUCCAGAUAAACAGUAAACAUGCCUGUUUACCUCGAGGUGAGAGACAAGCUCGGCAUUGACAUGAGGUUUGAAAAUGGAGGCGACAUUUGGUUUCCUCCCUUCCCUAUGAUCAAAGAUUACCGGCAACACAUCAAAGACCUGCGUAACCUGGAACUCCGUUACGAUGACAAACGAUGUCAGUGUGGAGGGUUUUCCCAAGACAGGAUCUCACUGGCACCAAGAGAUCCUGCACAGGCUACUGGCCGGAUCGCCGGAGUUUGUCCGUAAAUCAGAGGCUAAAGAGUUCCUGGACUUUUCUCCGAAGGACGAGUUACUGCCCCCUGACCAUCCCCGUGUACUUUUCACUCAUGUCCGGACCCCUUGGGGCAGAUACAGAAGUUGGACAGGUUCCUGGGUCUCAACAGGGGCAGAGAACUGUGUGAGCGCAUCGCGGAAGCUUGCAAGUUCUCUAACAUGAAGGCGGUCAAAGAAGCGCAUAUGCCGAGUGAGAUGAAAAGAAAAAUAUGGAAGGAAAACGCACCAGGCUUCUACAGGAAAGGUGAUUUCAGAGACUGGAAGAACUGGUUCAUUGUUGGGGAUGGCACACAAGUCACCAGACUGCGUCCCACACGUGUCCUUUCUUACAACGGAUGACAAAGACCAGUAGGGAUCCUACCUACUUGACAGGAUGGAUGCAUUUUCAGGAACCCCUGAAUAUCGCUCCACCUCCAAGCAGCCACUGAAGGAAACUCUUUUACUGGCUGUAACCUUCUUCUUCAUCUUCACUCCAUUCCAAGCCCUUCAGAAUCUGCAAAGCAGUCUCAACCAACAUGAAAGUCUGGGAAUCUUGUCACUGGCCUGUGUGUAUGGCGCCUCAUUUCUUAUCAGUUUUGUGACACCAGCCAUCAUGUACAAUGCUGGAAUCAAGCCAUGCAUGGUAGCAUCUUGGAUUGGCCACACUCUGUAUGUCAUGUGCAAUUUUUAUCCAGCAUGGAUGACUUUGGUUCCUGGUUCCAUUGUUGUGGGGCUAAUUACAUCCCCAAUGUGGGGCUCCUUGGAGACUUAUCUCUCGACGUUAGCAUGUGUAGAUGUGGAGCUUCAUGAGAAACAGAAGAAAAAAGGCAUGAACACUUUGCAUGCAGCCUUCAGCCGCAUAAAUGGCAUCUUUCAUUCCAUUUUUGUUGGCAGCCAGGUUGCAGGAAAUCUGAUUUCCUCAGCUGUUCUUUUCUUCUCCACACACAAGCCAAUAGCAGCAAAGGAUGAUGGAGUCAUCUGUGGGUCUGGCUACUGUCCAAGCGCAGGUGAGGGGCAUCGCAUUCCACGACCAGAACCACACAUCAUUUAUGUUCUCCUUGGUGUGUUCCUGGUGUGUGAUGUGAUAGGAUUGACUGUUGGGAUUCUGGGAAUACCUAGACUACAUCAACCACAAUACACAGGACGUGAGGUGUGCAGAAAGCUAAAGUCAUACUGGCAUGGAUUCACCCAGCCUAAAUUGCUGCUUCUUGUUCCUCUGUUUGCUGCCCACGGCUACAUCUUUACCCUGCACAUUGGAAUGUUCACAGAGGCUUUUAUCAGCUGCACACUGGGUCUUCACAUGGUUGGCUAUGUCAUGGCCGUGUGGGGUCUGACAACAAUGUUGUCGUCAGUGUUGCUGGGGUUUGCAGCACGCUACACUGGAAGACCACUGCUGUGUACGUUUGCUGCAGUGGUGGACAUGACCAUAAUGCUUACCCUGUUGUUAUGGAAACCUCAUGGGAGUCGUCUUCCUGCCUUCUUCGCUCUUGCAGCACUAAUGGGGCUUGUGGAUGGUGUGUGGAUGGUUCAGAUGAAUGCCAUGAUAGCAGUCAUGUUUCCAGCCAUAGUGGAUUCUGUCUUCCCAGCCAAAUCAACAUGGCACAGCCUGACAGUGGCAGCCUCCUUUGUCGUCUCCAAGUUCGUGUGCCCAGGAACUCGCAUCGUUAUAGGCAUGGGCAUUCUGGGAACUGGCUAUCUAAGUUACCUGGCUGCAGAAAUUAUACAUCGCCGAAGUUUAAGGAUGUUUCGUCGAGAAGACCAUGAAUAUGCUCUGUUGAAUAUUACAGAAGACAUGGAGCUGUCAAGCAAAGAACAAGAGAACAGGGGUCCUGAUAUGGAGGGGGCAGAACAAGAAGAGACAGAGUUCAAUACCGACAGUUUAACUGAAAGGGUUCUGUUUAAAACAACCACGUAAAGCACCUUGUAUGUUUUAAUAAGGGUAUUAUCCAUGACAUUUAUGAUAAAGAAGUAUAGAUAUUUAAAUGCACCAAUUUCAGAGAGGAAAAGCUAAUCUUUUUUCACAUUUCUUCCAUAUCUGGAUGUCAACAUUCCAAUGUUGUGACUUUUACCGAGGGUUUUGUGUAUGUGAUUGUUGUAAAGAAGCUUGUGUGUGAUUAAGCGGUUGUUAAAUUGUAUACGGUGUUUGUUAUUUUAAAAGAUUUCAUUAUUCUAUAUCUAUAUUCUUUACCUUCAAUUUAAAUCCUGUGAACAAAUAAAUUUCUGAGGAACAUUA